AUGGACUGCACCAGCGUGAGAAAUACGCAGGCCCAGCAGCUCUUCAGCGUGUUUGAUUCGCAGCUAGGAAAAGAGCUCUGCAGCCCCAUGAUGGAGCACGUGUUCCCCUUCGGCCGCUACACCAGCGCGGUGGACGGAGAAAACUACGCCUACAAACCGUUUGACCGCAUUAUCCGCAUGUGGCUCACUGAUGACGACUAUGAGGGCAUCAAUUUGAAGAAAAGGAAACUGGAGAACGGUGGGAGUGAAUUUCCAGAGACGAAUAUCGGCGAUACGGCAACCUGGCUCGACGUUGCGCGGACCGUGCUGUCGCGGCGGCUCGAAAUCGAGAAUAACGAGGACCUCCUCGCCCCUAUUGAGAUCCAGUGCUUUUUCGGCAACAAGACAAUCGAAGAGCUCAGACGCGAAAAGAAGAAAGAGCAAGAGGAAGCUAUGGCCUGCUCAGGCACUGCAGCAAUCUCACCUACCAACAUGAAAUAUAAAAGAGUGCAUGUGCAGGCAGUGGCUCGCGAGCACGAGUUUAGUAUAAAUGUUAUCUUGCUUCCACUGCCCAGUGUCUUGCGUUUGCAAAUGUUAUAGAAUAUGUCCUACGGCGACUUCAUAGUUUGGAGGGCGGAUUAAGGCGGCGUAAGUAUGCGGAGCCUUCAAACGGCUUGCAGAUCUGACUGACUGGUCAAAUUGUACUGCCUGAGCAUUCCAUAUGCGACGAAAAGGAGGUGGAGAUACAAAAGAUAUAAAGUACUCAAAGCUUUCGAUGUGCGACCGAGCAGGAUUUCGUCUCUUCGAGGUAUAGGACUGCAGGGAUUUUCUCUUCCUCCGAGCGGAAUUGAAUUUGCAAAUUAUUUCGGAUGAGCUGAAUCGGAAAAAAAAAUUAAUAUAUUUUCCAAACGCGCGGCAUUUUCAAGUAAUGUUGAUGGCAAGGAAAAAGACAGAGUAUGGUCGCGGGCCAGACAAGGAGACCUUCACUUCUUUGUUGUACUACAUUGAGCGCACUAUCGGUAUGGACUCCAUAUCGAUGGUCACCAAAGAGUGCGAGAGGC